CAACCUGAUUGUACAGAAAACAUGAGUACAAAGGUCAACAAUGAGGACUCACCCACUCCUAUUGUUAGUUUACAACCGCUCAUUCAUUCUGCUGAAGGAAGCACAGACAACAGACGCAAGAUGAGACAAGUUCUAGUUUUUGGUGUUGUUUUUGCCUUAUUCUUAUUUGUUCAGUGUAUGCCAGAUUUCUGUACCAUUCCCAAGGACGAGGGCACAGGCAAAGACACAGACAUCCAGAUUGUUUUGUAUUAUAAUGCCACCAGGGACAAGUGCUAUCCCUUUAGAUACACAGGGGUAGGUGGGAAUGGCAAUCGCUUUGGAAAUGAGAGGGAGUGCAUGAGGAACUGCUCUGCAAACACAGAGGGUGUGUACCCUAUAGAUGAAACAAUAUCUUGUCACUUUCCGAAGGCUACUGGUGAAUGCUAUGGCAACUAUUUGCGUUUCUACUAUGACCCAAUUCAUGAAAAAUGCAAGUCAUUCUUUUAUACUGGCUGUGUUGGGAAUGGAAACAGAUACUUAGAUCUGUUCAGAUGCAACGCUACAUGUGCUGGUAUCAAAGAUGACGGUGAUACUGAUGAGGAUUUAGAAACGGACACACCAAUUGCAUUGAUUCUCGGAAUUGUGUUUGGUCUCGUCGGCGCAAUCAUCCUCAUCUUUGUGGUUGUCUUAACUCUGAAGAGCAAGAAGAAAUCAGAAAGUGCUACAAAGAAAAGCAAAGAACUUCAAUCUGAAGCACCUUUAAAAGACGAAGGCAUAGAAAUGGCUUAGUGGUGCCACCAGUUCAUCAAAUCAACGGUGGUGGGCAGUGACAAACAAUGACACUACUAAACUAAGUGUUGUUUAUUGUUGUUAAAGUUUUGAUCAUGGGAGUGUCACAAUUUGUAUUUUCAUAUAAAUAAAUAAAAAG